AUGGUUAAAUUCACAGUCGACCAGAUUCGUGAUCUUAUGGAUCGAACCACAAACGUGCGUAAUAUUUCUGUUAUCGCACAUGUUGAUCAUGGAAAGUCCACGCUUACUGAUUCUUUGGUAUCCAAGGCCGGUAUUAUGGCUCAGCAGAAAACUGGUAAUCGAUACACAGAUGAACGUCCUGAUGAACAAGAACGUUGCAUUACAAUCAAAUCUACAGCAAUUUCAAUGUAUUUUGAAUUUCCAAAGAAGGAUUUAGUAGAUGUGAAUGGAAAGACUGAUGGCGAAGGAUUCUUAAUUAAUUUGAUUGAUUCUCCUGGACAUGUAGACUUUUCAUCUGAAGUAACAGCUGCUCUUCGAGUUACUGAUGGUGCCUUAGUUGUCGUUGAUUGUGUUGAGGGCGUAUGCGUGCAGACAGAAACCGUCUUACGACAAGCUCUUACUGAACGAAUAAAGCCUGUAGUAAUUAUUAACAAAGUUGAUCGAGCCUUAUUGGAAUUACAACUUACAAAAGAAGAUUUGUACAAAUCUUUUCAACGUACAAUUGAAUCAGUAAAUGUCGUUAUUUCGACUUAUUUUGACAAAGCUCUCGGUGAAAUACAAGUUUACCCCGAGAAUGGUACUGUUGCUUUUGGAUCAGGUCUUCAAGGGUGGGGUUUUACUCUUCAUCAAUUUGCUCAACGAUAUUCUAAAAAAUUUGGUGUUGACAAAAUAAAGUUGAUGCAAAAGCUUUGGGGUGAAAACUAUUUCAAUCCUAUAACCAAGAAAUGGUCCAAACAACCGACUGCUGAUAAGGGUGGUGUGACUGAACGUGCCUUUUGUAAGUUUGUCUUGGAUCCUAUCUAUAAAUUAUUUGAUGCUGUCAUAAAUUCUAAGAAAGAAGAACUUGAAAAAAUUCUCGAAAAGUUGGAAAUUACUUUAAAAAGUGAUGAAAAAGAUCUAGAAGGAAAAGAACUACUUAAACUCGUAAUGAAUAAAUUCUUGCCUGCUUCCGAUGCUUUACUGGAAAUGAUAAUAAUUCAUCUACCAUCACCUGUAUCUGCUCAAAAAUAUCGUGCUGAAAUGUUGUACGAAGGUCCUGCUGAUGAUGAGUGUGCUAUCGGUAUACGUAACUGCGAUCCUAAGGCGCCUCUAAUGUUUUAUGUGUCUAAAAUGGUACCAUCAACUGAUAGAGGCCGUUUCUACGCUUUUGGACGUGUAUUUUCGGGUACUGUUAGAUCUGGUCUUAAAGUUCGUAUUCAAGGUCCUAACUAUCAACCUGGUAAAAAGGACGAUUUGUUUAUCAAACCUAUUCAACGCACAAUUCUUAUGAUGGCACGUUUUGUUGAAUCUAUUGAAGAAUGUCCUGCUGGUAACAUUGCUUGUCUCGUUGGUAUUGACCAAUAUCUACUUAAGUCUGGUACUAUUACUACUUCGGAAACUGCUCAUAAUUUGAGAAUCAUGAAAUUCUCCGUAUCACCUGUAGUCCAAGUAGCUGUUGAAGUAAAAAAUCCAAAUGAUUUAUCCAAAUUAGUUGAAGGAUUAAAAUGUUUGUCUAAAUCAGAUCCUUGUGUUAAAGUUAGCACUUCAGAAUCUGGUGAACAUAUUGUAGCUGGUGCGGGAGAAUUACAUUUAGAAAUUUGCAUAAAAGAUUUACAAGAUGAUUAUGCUCAAGUUCCAAUCAAAAUUAGUGAACCUGUUGUAUCUUAUAGAGAAACUGUUCAAACUGAAUCAUCAAUAAUUGCUUUAUCAAAAUCGCCGAACAAGCAUAACCGUAUAUAUAUGAAAGCUUUUCCUUUACAAGAAGAACUUUCCAACGACAUUGAAAACGAAAAAAUUUCAUCCCGGGAUGACGUCAAGUUACGUGCACGUGCCCUUGCUGAUAAUUACGGCUGGGACGUUACCGAUGCUCGUAAGAUUUGGUGUUUUGGUCCUGAUAAUGUUGGACCAAACUUGUUGGUUGAUGUAACCAAGGGAGUUCAAUACCUUAAUGAAAUCAAGGAUUCUUGUAUUUCCGCUUUCCAAUGGGCUACAAAAGAAGGUGUAUGCUCUGAAGAAAAUAUGCGAUCUUGUCGCUUUAACAUUCUUGAUGUGGUAUUACACGCUGAUGCUAUUCAUCGUGGUGGUGGACAAAUAAUUCCUACAUGUCGUCGCGUUAUACGUGCUGCAUCUUUAACAGCUACUCCCGGUCUCAUGGAGCCUAUUUUUCUCGUAGAAAUACAAUGUCCUGAAGUUGCCAUGGGUGGCAUAUAUGGUGUCUUAAAUAGACGUCGUGGUCACGUUUUUGCAGAAGAACAACGUCCUGGUACUCCAUUGUACACCGUUAAAGCUUAUUUGCCUGUAAACGAAUCCUUUGGUUUCACUGCCGAUCUUCGUUCAAAUACGGGAGGUCAAGCCUUUCCUCAAUGUAUGUUCUCUCAUUGGCAACUUAUGAAUGGAACUCCAUUAGAACCCGGUACAGUAGCAAAUAUAGUGAAAGGAAUAAGGAAAAGAAAAGGUCUCUCAGAAGAAAUACCUAGUUUGGAUAAUUACCUUGAUAAACUCUGA